CUUUCUAUUUGGCAAAGAGCAGAACAGGAAGCAGCGAGGUGGGGCGGCCGUCUCUCUGCUGUUCUUUCCUCCUUUUCUCCAUCUCGAUCCCCUCGCUCCAGAUUUAGCCCUGCGCGUUUUUUGUUGUUGUUUUUUCUCCUUUUUUGAUUCAUGGACAUCCUGAAUUUUGAAGAGGCAGGAAUAGCGCAAUAAGUUUGCCCGAUUGGUGUCAGAGCCUUGCUGCGCGAGUGUGCGGUUGAGUUAGGCCAGCGAGGAGACCAGCGAUGGCCAGCGAGGCCUUACUGGAGGACCUGGUGGGGGAUCAGCUGACUGACUCCACGGUACCCGGCGACCAGAGCGACGCGGAGUCUUCGACCGACCCGGAUGGCUUGUCGGUGCUCCAGCAGCUCGGCCUGGACCAGAACUCGGACUUCUCGGACUCCAGCGUGCAGCAGCGGCUGGACGAGCACCGUGAGAGGAUCCGCAGGGAGAUCCGCAAGGAGCUGAAGAUCAAGGAGGGUGCGGAGAAUCUGCGCAGGGCCAUCACGGAUAAGAGGAAGGGCCAGCAGGUGGACUCGCAGCUCCGCAGCUCCAAGCGCAAAGUGGAGACGCUCCAGGCUCAGCUGCGGGAGCUGGACGCACACAUUGUUGUCAAGGGUCCGGAUGACAACCAAGAUACCAGUAAGUCUCCUGGCUCAGUCAGUCGGACAUCGGCCAAUCAGCAACGGAUCGCAGCUUUGGAGCGACAGCUAAACAUCGAGCUGAAGGUCAAGCAGGGAGCAGAGAACAUGAUCCCAAUAUACUCAAGUGGGGGUACCAAGGACAAGAAGCUCCUCCAGUCGGCUCAGCAGAUGCUGCAGGACAGCAAAACCAAAAUCGACAUCAUCCGGAUGCAGAUCCGAAAGGCCAUGCAGGCCACCGAGCAGUCCGAUGACGACCAAAGCAAGCCGGACCUGUGCGGGGCGGAGCUGCGCGUUGAGGAGCUCUGGCACCACUAUCGCGUGGAGCACGCCAUGGCUGAGGGAGCCAAGAACAUGCUGCGGCUGCUGGGGGCGGGGAAGGUCCAGGACAAGAAGGCCAUCGCUGAGGCCCAGUGCGGUCUGAGUGAGUCGUCCCAGCGUCUGGACCUGCUGCGCUGCUCCCUGGAGCAGCGGCUCCAGGAGCUCCCGGAGGAUCAUCCCAAGGCCUGCCUCAUCAAGGAGGAGCUGGUGCUGGCCUCGUCCUCGGCGUUCAGCUCCCAGCAGAGCACCCCGUAUGUGCACAACCAGUACAGCACUCUGAGCAAGCCGUCGCCGCUCACAGGCACUCUGCAGGUACGCCUCCUCGGCUGCGUGGGGCUGCUGGACGUCGUUCCGGGACGGAGCCGAGGGAGCCAGGUGGCUCUUCCGUCUUUCUCCCAGACGGACGGGCGCUCCUCUUUUAAGCUGAUCGGCCUCUACAGCCGCAGCACCAGCAGCAUGAGCCUCAAGCUCCCCAGCAAGAACGACGAGCUCUCCUCGGAGGUGAGCGCAGUGCUGAAGCUGGAGAACACCAUGGUGGGCCAGACGCCCUGGAGAACGGUGGGGGAGCAGGCCUGGGACCACACCUUCACCGUAGAACUGGAGCGAUCUCGGGAGAUGGAGAUAGCCGUGUACUGGAGAGAUUAUCGCUCGCUGUGCGCCCUGAAGUACCUGAAGCUGGAGGAGUUCCUGGACAACCAGAGGCACCAGGUCCAGCUAGAGCUGGAGCCACAGGGGCUGCUGCUGGCCGAGGUGACCUUCUUCAACCCGGUCAUAGAGCGAGGCCGCCGACUGCAGAGGCAGAAGAAGGUCUUCUCCAAGCAUCAUGGYAAAGCCUUCCUGCGUGCCCGUCAGAUGAACGUGGACAUCGCCACCUGGGUCCGCCUGCUGAGGAACGCCAUCCCCACUGGGAGCAACACGGCCGCAUACGCACCCAGCUUCUCCAGCAGCACGAUCACACACACCACGGGAGAAAUCUCAGUGGAGAAGUUGAAUCUGGACAGCGAUUCUUCUCCGAAAGCAGAGACGAGGAAAGAUGUGGUAGACACUCCAGCGUCCCUGGAGCAGACGGCCGUCAUUGAGGCCCCUCCCACCCCCGACGUCCCUGCUCAGCAGCAGCCAACCAGAUCGCAGUCCCAGAACUCUUUGCGCAGAGCCAGCAGAGGGCCUCUGUGUCUGCAGGACUUCAAGUUGAUCGCAGUUCUUGGCAGGGGCCACUUUGGGAAGGUGUUGCUGUCGGAGUACAAAAAAACYGGCAGCCAGUACGCCAUCAAAGCCCUGAAGAAAGGAGACAUCGUUGCUAGGGACGAGGUGGAAAGUCUGAUGUGUGAGAAGCGGAUCUUUGAGACCGUCAACAKCUCCCACCACCCCUUCCUGGUCAACCUGUUUGCGUGCUUCCAGACGCMGGAGCACGUGUGCUUCGUCAUGGAGUACACGGCGGGAGGCGACCUCAUGAUGCACAUCCACGCCGACGUCUUCUCCGAGCCGCGGGCUGUGUUUUACUCAGCCUGCGUUGUCCUGGGUCUGCAGUUCCUUCACGACCAUAAGAUUGUAUAUCGGGAUCUGAAACUGGAUAAUCUGCUCCUUGAUAUGGAGGGUUUUGUGAAAAUAGCUGACUUUGGACUCUGUAAAGAAGGCAUGGGUUACGGAGACAGAACCAGUACUUUCUGUGGUACUCCAGAGUUUCUGGCGCCCGAGGUGCUAACGGACACGUCUUACACCAGAGCGGUGGAUUGGUGGGGGCUCGGCGUACUYGUCUACGAGAUGUUGGUGGGCGAGUCUCCGUUUCCAGGUGACGAUGAAGAGGAGGUGUUUGACAGCAUCGUGAACGACGAGGUGCGCUACCCGCGCUUCCUCUCCACCGAGGCCAUCGGCAUCAUGAGACGGCUGUUGAGAAGAAACCCUGAGAGGCGCCUGGGCUCCGGAGAGAAGGACGCAGAGGACGUCAAGAAACAACCGUUUUUCAGAGUGAGUCUCUCAUUCGUUCAAGGUUUUCACAAACACGGUCGAACGUUUCUGUCAAGAUUUCACUUUCAGACAUUUUAGUACCUUUUAACUGCG